AUGUCGCAAAAUGGCAAAAAUGGGAGUAUUAUGAGUUUCUUCAAACCCGUGACAAGGUCUCAAACGCCCAAAGCUUCCAAACCCUCAGCACCUCCGCAACCAACUUCAUCCCCAUUGGAACAAAAGACAACAACACCAGUAAAGAGACCGCCACCUCCGCCUCCUGAUCGUGAGAUCCAAGCUUCAGAUGACGAGGAUGACUUUGGGUCUUCUUCAGACGACUCACUCGAGGAUCUAUCUACAAUUCUUGGGCGAGGUCGUCCAGGUAAAGUAACUGGCUCUCCUGUCCGUAAUCUCUUCGCGACCCCAAAGGCCAAGAGAACCGCGGUCGAGUUCCAUGCAUCUCCCUUGGCAAUAAUAUCGAGGCAUAAGUUCGAUCUGAAAGCUCUUGCCAAGGAUGCUAGACAGGAUGAUGCGACAAACGCAAGCUCGGUGAGAGCUAAAGCCUUCUCAGAACUUGACGACCAAGGACAUGAGCGCAUGUCAACAGAUGAGACAUCGCGAGAUGCGAUGAAAGAUAUCGUCAAAAACAGUACUGGCCAAGAUGCCCAGAAAGUUUUAAGAGCAGUCCAGAGAUCAGAGCCUGGACAGUCGCAACUUCGGUAUUGCUUCUUUUGUGAAGAAUAUACGUCACCCUCUCCCAAGGCCGCCCCCAAGAAGUUCAGUAAGGGGCCCUGGAGACUAUUGACUCAGGGCGAUCAUCAGACUCGAGAACAACAUCUGGCCUCUGGCGUACCCCUGACCCUUCUCCGAUUACAAGGAGGAUUGCCAGAUGAGCUUUUUGAAUGGAUCCUCGAUGAGCUCUGCGCGCAGAAGUCGACCCUCACAAGACAAGAAUACUGUAACCUACUUAGCAGUUGCCCCGAUUCGAUUGAGCGUAUUAUUACACCAAAGCGACUGGAGGCAUUGCUGUAUCGAUUUGGUGCUGCCCCCGAGCUCGCGCAGCGGAACUCCGAGUUGAAUUUAACGAAGCCCAAUAUCGAGCCUUAUGGUGCCCGCGACUGGUCACCUCUCGGUUCCUUCUUAUCACUCCUCGCGGCCAUGUCGCCGUACAUGUCUCAGGAAUCCAUCUUCUACGCAUCGCGGACACUUUUGCUCAUGUCAAUGGACAAGUUCUUGAUAUAUGACAUCAACCUUCUGAUCACUUACGAAACUGCGAUAGAGGCCCUUCUCGAAGCUAUUCCCCAGUCCAGCUGGGACACAUUUUGCUUUGAGACCUGUACACUGUUGCACAUACUCGUCAAAGCACAAUGUGUAAGAACGAAUGCUUUGGCCUGUCUUCCAAUCAGCAAAACCAGACCUCACGAACUGAGACGAAGGCUGGCCAUAGCGUCAUUAUUUGAUGAUCCGUCCUUGGGACGCCAUCAUCCCGACGAUACUGUUACUAUUCGCGGCAUCAUCGAGCUUCUAGACCAUGAGGAAUUCUUCGUUGGGCCUCAAACAGACUUCACCGAAUUACAAGCUAACAUCCUCCUCCUUAAUAUUGUGGUGGAUGAUGGUUCAUUUAUACCAUCCGAUGACCCAGAAGCGGAAAAGCAGUUCAACAGCGAUAUCGACGCGCUUGCAGUUCGACUGAGGGAAAUUUGGAGAAAGAUCAACGAUGCGGGCAUGAAGCUCGCUCGUACUGAAGCCAAGAGCGUUAUUGAAUGGGUGCAGCAGCGACUUGCACACUCCGUUCGCACACGCCGCAAAGCCAAGAAGAGUAUCUUUGACCUCCCUGGUCAAAGAGAGGACCCUUUUCUUCCAAAACAGCAAGACUACAUGAAGAACUUUCUGCGUAAAGUCCCAAAAAACACCUCAGACAGUACAGCAAAACAGUCACCUUCGGAAACGGGUGAGGGUUUGAACGAAGCAACGGAGACGGACACGAUUGUGGUUAGAUUCAAGUGA